CAGGAAUUAUUGUUGUCUUGUGAAUGAUAGUGACACAUUAUAGCGGACGGUCGUUUGUCAGUUCAAAAAAAUUAAUCGAGUAAAAAUUUAUUUUUAGUGGUUGAAAAAUACAAAAAAAUAUUUUCAAAGGUUUUGAGUUAAUUGAAGAAAGGCGAUUUCUACUUGAAUUGUUUGAAUAUUGUGGAUUUUAUGAUUUAAACCUAACGUUAGCGAGAUUGGGAUGCAUUUUUGGAGCGCUGAAUAUACAAUUUUAACUUGAAAGGUAACUUUAAUGCAGAGCUCACAGUAAAUACUACUCCCCACAAGCGUAAAAAUGAUGGAAGUUAAGCAGAGCACGCCAACUGACUUCAAUGCUUUAUCAGCCGCUACUAGUAAUGGCAAAACCAAUGACAUAGAUGUUAUGUCCGACUUGGAGCCGACUAAACUGAAAAAUGAUUUAUUAAAUUCAAAUGAUUUGCCUCAGAAUGGCUUACUUAAUGACGCUUCAAAUGGUUUUACCGACCCCGACCCCGGCGAUGGCUUGGAUCUUGAUGAAUUAAUUGAUUUAAAUGAAGCCGUAAAUCCUGAAUUGGAAGACGCGCUCUUGGGUGAAGAUGAUGAUAGCAGUUCAAAUGUAGUAGACAAAUUGCUGGCUGAGGUGGUACCCAAAGCAGCAUCUGUUAUCGGCACUAAGACGGACGGUAGCUUAACAACGGCUAGUCUACACAACCCGGGUGAUGAUCUCGAUAGGCUAAUCUCAAAAAUUAAUGAUCUCGAAGACUGCAUUGAGACAUCAACGGACAAAGAUGAGGCUGUGAGCAGUACUGUAGCAAAUAAUAAAACAACAAGCGAAGAGGAAUUAGUGGAAAAUGUCGAAGAAAAGAGAGAUUCUGAAGAAAAAGCGGACCUUCAUGAGGCAGGAGAUGCUCAAAAGGAGGAAAGUGAUAGUGAACAAAUUAAAGCGAAUGAAGAAUUCGUUCUUGAUGAAGAUAGAGAAAGUGACAAAAAACAAGACAAUGAUGUCAAAAGUAGUGAGGAUAAGACGGAAAGUUGUGCAAGUGUUAUAGCGGUUGAAAAGGAAAAGAGUGAAGUAGUUAGUACAAAAGUAAAUAGCGAAAGUGUUGCAAAGGAUGAUGAUGGCAAGAUAGGUGAAACUAUAACCAGAAAAACUAGCGAAUCCAUGGAGCAAACUAAUAAGCCGGUGCAGAAUGAGGAGUCUGAUGACAUUGAUGGAAAACAACUUGAAAAAGAAACAGAAAUAUCUGAAAAAAGACAGACUGAAACGUCUGAAGAGAUUUUGGAAAUUAGCGACGAUAAAAUUGAAAUUACAGCGAAUGAUGCUGCGGAAAAAACUGAACAAGAUAACGAAGAACUAGUAACUAAGUUAGUUUCAGAAGAAAGUGCAGAGCACGGCAAUAUAAAGGUGGCGCAGAAAACGUGCAACCCUGAAGCAAACGAGAUUGCCGAAAAUAAAAAUACUGAAAAGAACGAAAUCUCUAAAUUACAUUUAGAUAUUGAAGAAAAUGUUGUGACGCCAACAGAGAGUAAAGAUGAGAAAGAUAGUGCGUCCACAUCGCAAGCGGAGGAACUUGAAUCAAUCAAUAGUGAAGUGGAAAAAGUAAAUAAAGCACUUAAAGCAGCACCGGACACCAAGAGCAAGUCGGAAGAAGCAGAUGAUUCUGAUGAUGAUAUAAUUUUCUUUGUCGGCAAGCCUGAGGAGUUAAAAAAUAAGGGCCUUAUUGAAGUAACUCAAGAAAAUGCUAAAGCAGCAAGCGAUAGCAAUGAAAAACAAUCAGAUUUGGAAGAGGUUGGUGCGCGCAUGGAUGUCGAUGAAGAUGACGACGUUGUGCUGCUGCUCGAUGACGAUGAUGAGUCGAUGGCGGGACAAAAGAGCAAAGAUACUGUUGAAAAAGCAGAUAUCACGGAAGCUAAUAAAAUGGAAGGUACCACUGAAGAAAUGAAAUCAAAAGAGUCGAAAGAUAGCAGCGAAAUAACAUCGGAAUUGAAAACGGAUAAAAAUGAGUCUGAAGCCGCCAAAUCUGAGUUACAAUCCGACAACUCGGAUAAUGCUUGUGACAAAUUUGAAACCGAUAAAUCUGCUACUUUACAAAAAGAUGAUGAAGCUAAAUCAAAAUCUUUGGACGCCGUCGACGAAACCAACAGCAAUUGCAGCAGUAGCAGCAAUUUGUUACAAGAGACUCAAACCAUCGAUAAAAUGGGUACAAGCAGCAUUUGUGAUGAGGAUGCUGAUGCAGUUGACGAGCCAGAUAAUGAUGAUGAUGCCGAUGAUGCAGAGAGCAGCAGCGCUAUUGAAUUGGUGGAGGACGAUAGUCGCGCCGCAGGUGAAGAAAAAGAGUCUGCGCCACCUGCCAAACGCAUUCGACUAAGUGUUGAAGUCGAUGACAGCUUGAAGGCCGAGCAAUCAGAAGAAUCGCGUAGCAGCAACAAAUCCGCCGAAUCAGAACAAAAGGAAGUAUUUGAAGUAAUAAAAAUUGCUGAAGACAGCAAUGAUGCUGACAACGAAAAAUCAUUGGGCGGUGGUGUUAAGCGUUCGCAUGAGUCGCUGGAGUUGAAUUGUGUUCAAGUGUCUAAAGACGAUUCGUUAGAAGAAGUGGCUAACAAGAAGUCAAAGAUAGAAGAAGCCUCCACAACUCUGGCUUCGCAACAACUGGAAACUGCAACAGUGACUGAAAGUAAUGUUGUGGCAAUUGAUAAAAAGGAAUCUGUUGAUAUUAAAGAUCCGAAAUUGGAAAAUUUGGAAGAAAAAAUCGAAUUCGGCAAGGUGUUGCCACAAUUACGUGCAAUCGCUUCAAACAUUCCAAUACCCCUCUAUCCUGCGCCACAAUUUGUAACUUCCAAGCCGCCUACAUUAAGCUUAGACUUCCUUAAACGUUUUCGCAAAAAUUUCGACAAUCUUACGAAAACCGAUUUGGAAGAGCUGAUAUUGCAGAAGGUCGUCGAAGCGAUCGUGCACAAAAGUGAAUUUGCGGAAAUGCGUGAAAUCAUCGAUAAACAAGAGAAACAAAUAACAACACACCGGGCUAAAAUUGCCGAAAUUUCAAAGCAAUUCCGCGAUUUGGAAAUGGUACACAAUCGAGUGUUAAAGGACAUUGAAACAAAGAACUCACAAUUCAUUAUGCCCGUUAAAAUCACCCGCGCUGUUGGCUUACAGGUAUAUGUACCGAGUAAGCGAGGCUCAGAUGCUGCAUCAGUUAACAAUUUAGCCGGUAGUCAUCUUCAAGUGUCCACAUCACCGCAACGCAGCAACAUGCCACCGCCCUCUUCGCCGCCCCGCCUACCGACUAGUGCGUCUGAAACGCGUACCGGUAAUACGGCGCUAGCUUCAGCGGCAGUAGCUGCCGCAAUGAAUGCGCGACGUGGUUGCGUGCAAAAGGUGACACCCCAGCGGCCAGUGAACACCGAUAACAACAUGUCUACAUCCCCUGGUGUCUCCACGUAUCGUAUAGGUAGUGGUGCUCUGCAAUCGGCUUUGACGCAGGGUUCGCAAACAACAGCAGCUGCUGCGGCAACGCAACAGACGAGUGGCAUGCCGCGCGUAUUGAAUAAAGGUGUGGCGUCGGGACAACCGCGCCCAGGACGUUUUCUACCAACAGAACAACAGCGUGCACAGCAAUUGCAACAACAACAAUACGCGCGACAACAAGCGCAAAGUGUUAGCCUUCGGAAGUUGGCUCCAAAGUCUACUAUCGGCACCUUGCCAGCACAACCAACACAAUUCCGCCGCCCCGCCGAAACGACGAUCUCCUCUAACGCAUCCGUGGAUCACUACAUGAACCAGUUGAAUCAAGCCUCGCCAGCAGUGGGCACUGUUACAAUAACUUCGGCUAAGCCGAAGGAAAAGGCAGUAAUUGAUCUAACAGAUGAAGAUGAGGUGGCUAGCGCCGCUGCAACACCGCCAGCUCGCCAGCGCAGUGUUAACACUAGCGUUGCCAUUAACACACAGUUGUUGAGCGCUACACGUGCUGUGCCUCCACUUGCACGCAUGCCCUUGAACCAGCAGACACCUGUGCGAGCGACUGCUGGUGUGCGACAACAACAUCCAGUGACAGCAGCACCAAAAAACAACAGUGCACUCAUGUCGAACAUCUCUACACCGCCCGGCACAAGCAUUACACGUGUACACAUCAGUUCGGCGAGUAUGCCAGCGGCGCCGAUACGCAAAUACAACCAUCCAGCGCCACUGCCAAACACACCGCCACAACCAUUCAAUCCUGGCUGGAAGUUACCUCCUCCCAGACCCACUAUACGUAUCAGCAAUCUCGAUAAUGGCAUUGUCAUUUCUUGGACCAUGGAGGAUUCUAUGGAUCGGUUUGCUGAAUGCGUAACUUAUCAGAUAUAUGCAUACCAAGAGACAUCCGGUCCGCCAGUGGUUGAUUCAUGGCGACAUGUAGGUGAUGUGAAAGCAAUGCUACUGCCCAUGGCUGUGACGCUAACACAGUUUCAAGAGGGCCAACGCUACUACUUUGCAGUGCGUGCGGUGGACGAACACAAACGUCUGGGGCCAUUUAGUUUGCCUAAAACGUGGAGUUAAAUGCAUAUAUAGAAGUUUUUAAUUUUAUGGGCGGGAGCUGAGGAUAUUGACAAUUGACUAGGCAGUUGGUAAUUUUCGCAUGAAUUUUCAUUCUUAUUAUUUAAUUUUCACAAUAGUUAAGUGUUUUAAUUAUAGGGUUUACAACCUCAUAUUUAUUUACUUUUAUGUAACAUAAAAAACUUAAUUUUAGUUGCUUUAAGUUUAGUUUGAAAACAAAAACAAAAAGAAAAUAAUAGUAAAGGAAAUCUUACAAAACUAAAAUCACAUGCAGUCAUACGUAAAAUAAUAUUACAAUAGAUAUUUUUAUUGUUUAUAUUUCACCAUAUUAUGAUGUUUUCGGUGAAUUUGUAACACCAUAAUUGGAUAAUGUAGAAAUAGAGAUUUACUCAUAAUUCUUAAAUUAGGACUCAAUUAAAAUAAAUAUUAAUAAAACUGAAAUAAUGGCAUGUUUGGGUACAUUAACCGCAUCAUAUGUUUAACAUAAGUACUUUUAAUCUACAUUAAAAUAAAUAUUACCUAAAUGGCAUACCUAAAUAAUUGAGCAGAGGUAGCAAGAUAUGAAGAUUAUACACAAAAUCACACAAACAUGCGAAUAAAAUUAUUUAAUUAAUGUACAUA